UAUCAUCUUUUUUUCCCUUGUGAGUAAGAUGCAAACCCAGAUUUGCUCCCUAAAAAUAGACUGUGGCAGUGACAGGAGACAUAAUGCCAAAAAUGUCCCUUUGAGGUAAAGUUGGACUGAGCGUGCGCGCUGCAUCUCCCCACUCCCAUCCCCUCUCCUCUUGUCGCCUUGGUAACGGGAAAGGGGGGCUCUCGGCCAGCGGGAAGGAGCGGAGAGGUACCCAGACUAAAUCACAUGACCCGUCGGUACAUCUUAUUAUCACCCUGUGCUGGACAUCCGCCGUUUGUUCCUGGACCCUCCAUCACAAUACGAAAAGCGCUUCCUCGUCUUUAGCGGUUUUACAGAUCAGUUGAACGGGAAUUGACAUGUCAGACGUAGUUCCCCCAGAAGUGAGACCCAAACCAGCUGUCCCUGCCAAGCCCCCUCAUGUAGGGGCUCCUUCCCCCUCCAGUCCCUUCCCACCCCAGGGACCGACGGCGAGUGGAGGUGCCGCCCCUGCUGCUCCUCCCAGUGGCAUUCCGGUUCUCAUUGGGGGUCAUGGCCCAAGCCACAGUGGGAGUCACGCUCUGGGUCACGGUGCGGGCCAUAGCGGGGGUCAUGCUGUACCACAUGCCGGGGGACAUGGUCACAGCGGCUCCCAUGGGUCCAGUGGUGGAUCCACACUGCUGGGCUACAUUGGUAUCGACACCAUCAUUGAGCAGAUGAGAAAGAAAACCAUGAAGACUGGCUUUGACUUCAAUAUCAUGGUAGUGGGUCACAGCGGGCUGGGAAAAUCAACUCUAUUGAACACGCUGUUCAAGUCCCAGGUGAGCAGGAGGAGUGCAGGGUGGGCCCGUGACGAGAAGAUCCCCAAGACUGUGGAGAUCAAGUCAGUGUCUCACUUCAUAGAGGAGGGUGGCGUGAAGAUGAAGCUGACAGUUGUUGACACUCCAGGCUUUGGGGACCAGAUCAACAAUGACAACUGCUGGGAGCCUAUUGCCAAGUACAUCAAUGAGCAGUAUGAGAAGUUCCUGAAGGAGGAGGUGAACAUUGCCAGAAAGAAGCGCAUCCCCGACACCAGGGUGCACUGCUGUCUGUACUUCAUCUCCCCCACUGGGCACUCGCUGCGGCAGCUUGACAUUGAGUUCAUGAAGCGCUUGAGUCACUCGGUCAACAUUAUCCCUGUUAUCGCCAAGGCUGACACAAUGACCAUCGAUGAGAGACAGGAGUUUAAACAGAGGGUAAGGAAGGAACUGGAGAUGAGCGGGAUAGAGUUCUACCCACAGAAAGAGUUUGACGAGGACAUGGAGGACAAGAGCGACAAUGACAAGAUCAGGGAGGCAAUGCCAUUCGCUGUGGUGGGCAGUGACAAAGAGUAUCAAGUGAAUGGCAAACGAGUCCUGGGGAGGAAGACAGCAUGGGGAGUUGUGGAAGUUGAAAACCCCAACCAUUGUGAGUUUGCCCAGCUGAGAGAUUUCCUGAUCAGGUCUCACCUCCAGGACUUGAAGGAGGUCACCCAUAACAUUCACUAUGAAACCUACCGUGCCAAGAGACUUAACGAGAACGGAGGUCUGCACCCCAUAUCCUCCAGUGACACCCAGGAAAGCAACCUGUAAUCAGUCAGUAAGGGAAAUAAUAUGUUCAGAGGGUGAGAACCAAAACAGUGCAAUGAAGCUGAUAGAUGAAUCUAUAUUAAGUCAUCGUGGCAUCACUGCAUGCUUGGAGAACAUUUAUAUCUGUGGAGGUAAAUAUCAUUGAAUCAUCUCAUUUCUUCUAAUUCCAAACUCCUACCAUUUCUCUCUCUCCACUGCCCUCCCCAGGUCAUCCCCAUAUCCACAUCCUAAACCCCUAAAGCAAGCAUCAUUUUCACAGUCAUCCCCAAGAGUGUUUGGAUCAAAGGACAGUCCUACCCUCAACCUUUCAUUGAAAGCACACUUUUUCUGUUUAAUUUUCAUUUUAUUUUUUUAUGAGGUUGGAUUUUAAGUAUGUCACUGAAUCUGAUUUAGUAUUGUGUAGCACCUAAUGUCUGAAGUCAGACAAAGGUAGUGAUUUGUUAUGAUUUUUGAGAAAUCUAUUUGCUCCGUAGUAGUGAUGCACAGGACAAUUCUGUAGCCAACUUACACCAGACUGCUUUUUUCAUUCUCAUAGCAGCGACUGCUCAUUUGGGGGGAAAAAAGCCCCACAGCUUCACUGUCAGGAGUUCUUUACAAACAUUACAAGCUGUGCUUUCAUCAUUUAUAUGCACCCCCACAAUGAAAACAAACAAAAUUCUUCUCCCCUUCCUUCUAUUUGUUCCGUUUUCCAUUUGACAUUAGUGUGUGUGCGCACAGCUUUGCAUACUAAGUGGAGAGAUGGCUGAAGCAUCAGUCACAUAUGAAACGCAGUUCUGUGGGUGUCAGUGGGUGUGUAGUUGAAGAGUUCACAAGGGGGCACGACUGCACACAGCAGACUCUAUGAUGACCCUGUGAUUCAUAACACCACAAAUACAAACUGAAAUGCUUGAAACAGUACAGCUUACCAGGCUUUGUCACACAGCAGUGGGACAGGACAUUUGUCCAAUGCAAAUAAUCCAUCAAUGUGCUCAUAUACCCUGGCUGACUGGCCUCUUGCAGUGGUGUCAGAGAAUGCCAAAACAAACACAGAUUGUUUAGAAAUAAUUUUGCCCUGAAAUCAGGCCGUGCAGGCUACCUGGAUUAAAUGUACCUACCAAUAACUUUAUAUCAAAUCUGACUUCAGAUGAAACCGGACUCAAAACUUUCCAGUAAAAAUUAUUGACUGAUACUACAAAGUAAUUUGGAAAUCAAUUUUAAUUUUCCUACAGCUUAAACUGCUCACUGAAAACUUAUCUUUGCUCACAGUUUCUUUUUUAUGAGGCUACAAUAACAUAAUGCAUUUUCUCUCCAUUUCACUCACCAACUAUUCAUGAAAAGUAUUUUUAUGGCCCUGAACCGACCUGACCCAUUGCAUAACUGGACCUGCAGGUCAGGCUGUGCAUCACUACUGCAUUGAAGAUGACAGUUGUACUGAAAACCCACAUAGUAUAAUUUUAUUUUGUCAAUUCAAUGUCUUGUGCCAUGCUAAGCGUUUGUGAGCUUUUUAGAGCUCUGACUCUCCUGCUUGGAAACCAAUAUUUUGUGCCAAUGCAAUUUUAAAUUGGACUUCCUCCUCUUCGCCACUGGGUGGCAGUCCUCUGCCAUAUUCUAGCAGUGUGAAUUAGUAGGACCAGAUACAGGCAUCUAGUCCAUCCUUGUUCCCUCAUCAGACAUGCUGAUUGGUGAGAUGGAUAUUUAGUUAGGUUUUAAUCUUAUUCAUCCAAGCCAGUUGUAUUUCCUGAUGAGGUUUACAGGGUUUGGGUCCUCCACUGCUAUCAGAAUUAAUUAUACAGGAAAUCCUAUCUAUCCAGAUCAAGUUUACAAGAUGUCUUGAAUGACAUGACACAAGUAGUGUGUACUCAGAGUACCCACGUAGUCAUUCCAGAUGAAUUAAUUCAUUAACAGGUUUACAAACUUUUCUUCAGGAAAAUUAACAUUUAUAGGGUUCUGUUAUGCAAUAUUUUCAAUAGAGCACAAAUAUCCCAAAAUUACAAGUCUUUUUGAUUUAAUUUCCUCUUCAAUGGGUGUCCCUGAACCCCCUUGAACAUUUUAUACAUUCAUGAGUGCACGCAAGUUUGAUAUGACCUAUGGUAUCUGCA